UCGGCCCAAGUUGCUUAGUGUUCCUCUCGCUGUCGGAUUGCGAUGAGAAAGUAUGAGAUGGAGCAGAAGAAGAAAGAGCCGGUAAUGGCGGCAUCCGAGGAGGUAUCGUGUCAGUUCAAAACCCUAAUCGACGCUCAAGAAUUGGAUUCCCUGAAACAAAUGCAGCACCUCAUCAGAUUGGGAAGGUUGCAAGAUAGCAAUGCGGUACUGUCACAUUUUAAUGAGUAUUCAGAGCACUGUUAUGCGGAGGUUUCUGGAGAUUUUUCUAGAAACACAAGAGUUUUAAAGUCAAUGAAAUCAGACCUUGACUACAUAUUCCAGAAGUUAAGAGUCAUGAAGUCGAGAAUUUUGGCCACUUAUCCAGAUGCAUUUCCAGAUGACUCAAAAAGAGAAGUAGUUGACCGAAGGCCAGAUCUAGAAAUGCCUCGGUAAAUCUUUGGGAAUAUGUUGAUGGUGCAGAUGGGAUGGAUUAUAUUUAUGGGGGAAAAAACUUAUAUAUAAUCCCUGGGAUUCUUUUUUGUGUCAUAUUUAUGUGUAAAUAUAUUUUCUUACCUUAUCUUAAAGGUAAACUAAUAAUGGUAGUUGCUCAUGAUAUGUUUGUUUGUUUGUAUGAAUAUAAAUCGUAUUGAGUUGGUUUCUUUUUUUA